CUUCGCUACUCAUAUCGCACGUGGAGUUCGAGGCCAACGAUGACGACGACGACACGAUGUCUGCGAAGACAUUGCAAACCAAAUACAAUGUCCUGACAAACGACGGCAAAGUGUUUAACAACAAUGUCUUAAGCAAUGAUGGCAUCAAAUUGAACGGACAAAUGAAAAUGAGUCCAAACGUGAAUAGUCUAAUGAAUGGUAACUCAAAUGAUAAUACGAGUGACGGAUUAGUGGCGCCAAAACACGUGCUGUUUCUGCGCGAGAGAGUCCUCUUGGACUGGAAACAGCCCCAGAAGAUUGGCGCCGGUCUUCACAAUCUGGGAAAUACAUGUUUCCUCAAUAGUGUACUCCAAUGCCUGUCCUACUGCCCCCCUUUAGUCAACUAUUUAUUGCAUACCAAUGACCACAACACUGCUCGAUGUGCACAAAUGAAUCAAAUGUUUUGUAUGGUCUGCGAAAUGGCGCGACUCAUACGACAGACCCGUAAUAGUGGACAACCCGUGAAACCUAUUGAGAUCUGCCGACGCCUUAAAGCCAUCGCCAAACACUUCCAGUUGGGCCGUCAAGAAGAUGCUCACGAGUUCUUGCGUUAUGUGGUCGACAACAUGUGGAAGUCGUGCCUCAACUCCAACGACUCGGUGCCCAACGCAUCCAAACUGGACCCUAAGAGCAAAGAGACGACUGCCAUCAACCAGAUCUUCGGCGGUUACCACAGGAGUCAAGUGACCUGUUUUGCCUGUAAAGCCAAGAGUAAUACAUACGACUAUUUCAUGGAUUUUAUGCUCGAUAUUAAGAAUGCCAAUAGUCUGGAGAAGGCAUUGGAGAAGUUCGUGACGCCUGAGAUCCUGCAGAACGAGAACAGCUAUAAGUGCACGCGUUGUAAGAGGAAGACAGUGGCGCGCAAGCAGUUCACCAUCUAUUCGGCCCCAAAUGUGGCCACAUUUCAGUUGAAGCGUUUCGAUUAUCACCGAAUAUUUGGCGGCAAAAUCACGAAACCCGUCACAUAUCCGGAGCGACUCAAUCUCAGGCCAUACAUGUCCGACAAUAAGGGUGCGCCCAUUAUCUAUAAACUGAACUCAGUUUUGGUGCAUUUGGGCGGUUCGUGUAACUCAGGGCACUAUUUCUGUUACGUCCGUAACUCCAACAACUCGUGGUAUCUGAUGGACGACUCCCGCACUGUUCAAGUGAAUCAAAACCAGGCGCUCAGCCAACAGGCAUACGUACUGUUCUACGUGCGAGUGGACACCGACUUUCAUAAGCCGGCGCCCGUUAUCAAUGGACUCAAACUAAAGUCCAGUCCCGGACUGAGUCCGGAGUUGUUUCGUAACCAGAAUCACGUGAAUAAUGUGCGAAACGAUAGCCUGAACUCGAGUUUUGUUCAGAGGAAACCCCUAACCAUAACGGGCUUACAGUCGGGUGUCAUGAAAGUGAUGCCAAAUAAUAACAAUAAUAAUCAUCUGAAUCACAAACAAAACACGAACUCUAAGUCAGUGAACGACUCGAUUAAACAGUUAGUGCCUUACGAUGACUACGACUCAUCCGAUGAGGACAACGGCGCCAAACAGACCGCCCCCACAACGCCCGCCACCGUUCACAUGAAUGGCAGUCUCAAGAACAGCUCAAACUGUGAUAAAAGAAUUAGUGGUAAUCAUAACGAGAAUAUAAAUAAUAACAGUAAUAAUAACCGGUUAUCUGCGGGCGAACACAAGUCACACGAAUUGGCGGUAAAGAGUCCGCAAAAGUCGACAAAAUUAGAUAAUAUAUCGAUUAAACUGAAGACUAAUACAAACCAAAUCAUUCCAAACCCGAAACAUAAAAGCAUUACUAAUAGUAUACCAAACCAUACCUCAGAAUGUGCUUCAAAUUGUGUGCCUUUGGCUCCGAUCACAAUCGCGAAGGUGAAGGCGACCACCAGUUCCUGGCACGUCGUCGAGAGCUGUGGACACCGGUCGCCAUCCAUCACAUCCAACUCGAGCACAAAUAGUGUCAACUCGACCACUGAGUGGACGGUCUCUGAUUGUAGCAAAGAGUUUAACGGCACUCCCACUCCACGCGCCAAACAUAAGCAUAGAAACAAACAGCAACUAAACGGCUGUCCGGCGAGCGGUCUAACCAACGGAAAUGUGACACCACAACUAAACGGCUGUCCGGCGAGCGGUCUAACCAACGGAAAUGUGACACCAGUGUUGAGUACAAAACAGAAAUUACCUCAAAGCGAGCCGCAAAGUAAUGGCAAGACUCAGAGCCCGUCCAACGCCGGCAUCUCCGAUGCUGUCAACCAUUCGAGCGAUAAUUUUGUUGAUAAGAAUUACUCAAACAAAGCCUCGGAUUCGGAGAGAUUGUCGCCGAAGAAGAAUGAUUUAAAGCCAGAAAACCGAUCGUUAGUUCAUUCCAGUGUAGAGUCAAACGAUUGGACCGAUAGUAGUCAUCAAAGAGAUGGUAAUUUGGACAGACGUUUGAAUGGUGGCUCUCAUAGGAGUCCUAAUGACAGCGGAAGAGAUUGUAAGCCAAGAGAUAAGAAGCAGGAGAGGAGUCACUCGAAGAGUGCCAACAAUAGCUCGGACGACGAGUCCGAUGCUCACGAUAAGAGCGGUAGUCAUAAGCAUGAGAAGCGGAAGCGACGUAAACACAGAUCCCAUUCAAGCGAUUCGGACGAAAUGGAAGAGAAGAUUAUAUUAACGAUAAAACACAAGAAGAAGAAGAAAAAGAAAAUGAAGAAAAAGAAACACAAGAAGAGAGAUAUGUCCGGAAGCGACGAAUCGGGUGAUGACUCCGGCGAUGAUAAUGGGUUGCAAUGGGUUGAGAGGACUAAGGAGACGGUCGAAAAGGAACGGGAUGUCACUUACACUAAGCCUUCAGAUCAUUACGAGAAAAGAUGGGACGAAAACGUUCGCGAUUUGUCUAAUUUGACUAAAAAGAGACCUUUCGAUGAAGGCUUAGAGCAAAAUAAAUCGGACACAACACCAGCGAAGCCAUUGUUGGUGACCAAUGAGGCCGUUGUCAACGGACUCUUGAAAGCCAGUCAUCGAGCGUUUGGAGACAAAGUGAACUCCUGGAACGGCGGACCCUCUCAUUUGGACACUUCUCUCCAGGAGGAGAGCCAGAGAUCUGUUAAGGAUUAUAGCGACGAUUACGACGAAGAGUUCGAUAGGGGAAAGACGAAGAAAGUGAAGACUAAACACAGCGACAAAUCAUAUCAUGAAAUGAACGGCAAUGCGUUUAAUCCGUUUCAAAAGGUGGCGAACGAUAAGCAAUGUUUUAACGGCACUUUCAACGCAAACCGAAAUAAAUCUGAUUUCGGACGACAUCAGGAUAACGGCAAGCAUUGGGAUAAACCGUGGAAUAAGUCACACCAUAAGCCACAACAGCAACGAUACGAUCACCACAACCACAAAGAGCGCAGAUAUUAG